CUGGAUGUGCGGUGCUGUCGCAAUGCCAGCCUUCCGCCGUGAUGGUCGAGGCCGAACCAAACUUCGGAUGGCCCGUGCGCGGGAUCAGAAAUAUGUACGGGUAUCCGCCGCAUGCCCACGCCCAACCGCCGCCCAGAUCCUGACUUGACAUCUCCCGGGCAGAUUCCAUCCCGGCUCCCGUCACCGCAUCUCAUACACAUCCGCCAGCCAGAUGAGGCCGCACACCGCCACCACGCUCGCCGCCAGGGCGCGAGGCAGCAUACAACCGAGCACAUACGGGCGCGCAGUCGCUCACCGACGGAUAUCAACAGCGCCCCUGGCGUCGCGGCCGUCGGUAGCACAGUCCGCUGAUGCAUCGCGCCUGCCAUUCCUGCGCAGCAACUUCCUGCCCCAGGACGUUCUCUUCCGCGCCGCCGCCACACAUGCGCGCCAGUUCUCCUCCCAGUCUGCGCUCCACCAGCAGGCACAGAAGAAGAAGAAGGCCGUGAGCGAGGAGGCCGCCGAGCCGCCCAAGCCAGAGAAGACGGCCGAGGAGAUCUACGAGGAGGAGAAGGCCAAGGCCGAGAAGGACGGCGAGGCGGCCGGCGAGAAGAAGGACGGCGAGCAGAAGGAGGGUGAGGAGAAGGAAGGCGAGGAGGGCAAGAAGGAGAAGAAGGGCGACAAGCCCCCGCCGCCCCCCCACGGCGACAAGACCCCGUGGCAAGUCUUCACGGAGACACUGCAGCAGGAGUUCCAGGCCUCGAAGGAGUGGAACGAGGGCACAAAGCAGCUGUCUGGCUCUGUCCACGACUUCACAAACGACCCCCGCGUGCAGAGGGCAAGAGAGGCGUCGGAAGCUGCAAAGACAAAGACCACGGCCGCGCUGAAGGCCACCGCGUCAGCUGUCGGUCAGGGUGCUGCUUGGACAUGGGACACAAUGCCCGUGAAGGGCGUGCGCGCUGCUGCCAGGGUCACCGGUACCGGUCUUGACUACGCCACGCGACCCGUGCGCCAGACCAAGGCCUUCCAGGCUGUGAAGGAGACCAUCGACGAUGGCAGCUCCUCGCGCUACGGUGGCUGGGUUGAGAAAGAAGAGCGCCGGAAGCUGCGAGAACUGCGCGAGCUGAACGAGCUCAAGCGUGUCGGCGGACGCCCCACUGGCCCCAUGGAAGAAGACAUCGAAGCCGGCACGAACAUCACCCUCCACAAAGACGCCAAAUACAAAGAAGUCUGGCGCGACUGGAAAGACAACUCCAAGAUCGCCCAGGGCUUCUUCAGCAUGAAGCAAGUCUACGGCGAAUCCGACAACGCCAUCAUCACCACCGCCCGCUCCAUCACCGACCGCAUCACCGGCUUCUUCGCCGAAAACGAGACCGCCAUGGUCAUCAAGAAGUUCCGCGAGAUCGACCCCAACUUCCAGAUGGAGCCGUUCCUGACCGAGAUGCGCGAGUACAUCCUCCCCGAGGUGCUCGAUGCGUACGUCAAGGGCGACACCGAGACGCUCAAGCAGUGGCUCAGCGCCGCGCAGUACAGCGUCUACGCCGCGCUAAUGGCACAAUACAAGACCGCAGGCCUCGUCUCGGACGGCAAGAUCGUGGACAUCCGCGGCGUCGACGUGCUCAACGCGAAGCUGCUCGAGCCCGGGGAGAUUCCCGUGUUUAUCCUCACCGCGCGCACGCAGGAGGUGCACGUGUACCGCAACGCCAAGUCGGGCGAGCUGGCGUCCGGCAUGGACGAUAAGGUGCAGCAGGUGACGUACGCGAUCGGCGUCACGCGGAUCCCCGAGGACGUGAUGAAUCCCGAGACGCGGGGGUGGCGGCUCAUCGAGCUGCAGAAGAGCGCGCGCGACUACUACUGAGCGCGAGCGCCCAAGUUUCGACUGAGCGUACCCGCGUACGACUGAGCGGGGCGGCUGUACUUCCGCUGUACUUCUACUGUUUGUCACAUUCUGUUUUCGAGCUGGCAUUCUCGGCGUCUAAAAGGUCCACUCUGUCGUUUAUGGCGGGCUUUGCUGGACGAGGUUUUCUCGGUCUUGGGUGGGAGGGUGGAUGAGUGGCGUGGCGUUUGGCUUGACGACUCGGGUCGCUUCUCUGCUCUGUAUGUGUAUGUGUAUAAUAUCUGAUGAGAUGACAAGGGGGGACAUAGGAGGGAGGAGGUGGGGUGUGUAUAGGUGUGGACUAGAUUGGGGCCAUUGAAUGAGGAAGAUUGAUGAUGAUGCUGGUUGCAAUGGUAGUGGAGGGGCGGUGGUGAAGUGACAACAUGCGCCACAACCCC